ACAGUCGGUAGUUGUCAUUUCCCGGAGACGUGGGAUUCAGAGUGGUACGACAGUGACAAUCAGGAAAUCAGAUUUAAUUUGACGAAACGAAAGAUUGAAUCCGGAUGGACAGUGACUGUUCAUGGAUUUACCAUCUCCUCCUGGACCUGUCAGACACACAACUGAUAGCAACUACCUUCUGUUCAUGGCUGAUCAACAGAUUGAAGUUUCUGGAACAAAAUUCAAUGUCUUCAAAUGCAUACGAUAUGAAAGAAUAACAGAUUUCUCUUAUAAAUACUACAUUUACAACGAUCACGAAGCGAAUGCAGGGAAUUCUAGACUUACCUUAGAAAAGUACGACCCAUUUGUGAAUUCAUUUAACUUGUCCGCCCUCUGCAGUCCAUCUUCGCCUCCCACUCUGGAAGAGUUUCACGUCAUUGCCAAAAAGGGAAAUGAGAACGACGUUGGUCAGUGGUGUCCAAUCCCCUUCAUCGGGGCCUUCAAUUAUCGGCACGACUCAGGAACUGUUGUGACAUGUAGCACUGCAUCCAACCUUGAUGUCUGUAGAAACUGGACCACUCUCGUUUACGACUAUACAAAAUGUCCAACAAUCCAAGCUUUCUCAGCAGAAGGGACGGUCGAUUGUAUCUACACGCAGUCUGUCGGAUCUACUUACUAUGUAUCUGUUUUAAACAGAGGAACUGUUGACUACACUUCUUAUCAACGUUUUACCUGUUUGGCACUGGAGGAUACUGGGAGCAUUUUGAGGGUGAGCGACAGUGCCGGAAGUUGUAAUGCUGGACAGACCCCAACUACAAAGCAGGCUGAUGGAUCCGGGACCCUGGAAUUGACAUUAAAACAAUCCUGCUACGGCAACUGCACAUUACCAAGCGCUUGGGAUUCCACCUGGCUAGACAGUGGUCAUGGUCAAAUUGUCUUUAACCAGUCAGGUUCUCGUAUUGUUUCUGGAUGGUCCGUCACAGUGUAUGGCAUCACAGUGUCCUCAUGGACUUGCCAUGCUUACAAUUCCUCUUCGUCCUCAAACUCUGGAAUGUCACUUUUUAAAGCGGAUACAACGAUUUCACAUAAUGACAAAAAAUACAACAUUUUCCGUUGUAUAGAAUGGACGCAAAUCACCAAUCAUUCAUUUUAUUAUUAUGUCAGACAAGAUGAGAAUAUUUUAGCAAACAAUGAACGUUACUUUGUCGAAGAACAUAAUCCAUUUGUGACGUCAUGGGAUAUAGAUGCAUACUGCAACCCGACCAGUCACCCACCCCCAGAAGAAUAUUACGUCUUGAUUAAGGAAGGAUACGAAUCCAGUGUGAAGCAGUGGUGCCCUGUGCCACUGAGAGCUACAUUCAAUUACACCCAUAACGAUGGAAACACGUCAACAUGCGAGGGUGGAUCCAGCCUUAGUCUCUGUCCUGAGUGGACGACCAUGAAUUUUGAUUACAACCGCUGUUCAACGGAGCAAGCUUUCUCAAAGGAAGGCAUGGUCUAUUGCGUUCACUCCGUGUUUGAUGGGACAUCAUUUCACACAACUGUUAUUAACCCAGGGGAUGUGUCACAGCCAAAUCAUAAUCGAUUUUCUUGCUUUACAAUAAAAGAAGAAGGAUCAACAGUGUACAUGAGUGACAGUGUAGGAAGAUGUAACGGAGGACAGAGGGCAAAAGUGAAACAGACAGACGGCUCCGGAACCCUCACUUUGUCUUUGAACGGGUCUUGCUAUGGAUCCUGUACAUUUCCACCUUUCUGGGAUGGAGAAUGGUAUGAUAGCCUUCAUGGUGACGUCACGUUUGACAGCACUCUCAGCAGGGUGACGUCAGGAUGGGUCUAUACUGCAUACAACAAAAUAGCGACUCCAUUCACCUGUCAAUCAGAAAACACCACCGAUAACCAGCUUCUGUUCAUGAGCGAUACGAGGAUCCAGAUAUUUAGUGGAGAAUUUGUUAUUUUUGUCUGUAUUCAGUGGAGAAAGAUUACGGAUUACUCUUACCUAUAUUAUGUCAUCGCAGACACAGAACCCAAUAUAUCUGAAGAGAGAAGAGCAAAGGUAUUGCUCUAUGAUCCCUCUUUAACAACAUUUCCAACGGCCACCUACUGCCAAGCUAAUUCUGGUCCCGGUGUUGAAGAGUAUCAUGUUCUGGUCAAAAAAGGAUACGAAUCGUCCGUUGUCCAGUGGUGUCCAGUGCCUCUGUUGGGGAGAUUUACGUACGUUCACAACGAUGGAUCUACUAACACUUGCUCCUCGUCCUCAGACCUGCAAGUUUGUCCUACUUGGACAAGGAUGCAGUUUGAUUAUACAAAAUGUCCCACAAAACAGGCAUUUUCAGAUGAGGGUGUGGUGGAUUGUGUAGAGACAAUAAAGCAGGGAGAUACAUACUUCACCACCGUUUUUAACAAUGGGAGUGUUGAUUACAGCAAUUAUUACAGAUUUUCCUGUCUUGCUAUCACUGUCUUGGGGAGUACGCUAUUCAUAAGUGACAGCAGAGGAAGCUGUCAACCGAAUCAAACAUCCACAAUCAAACAGACAGACGGUAGUGGUACUCUUGUCCUAACAAAACAAGAGAGUUGCUACGGAAAUUGCACGUUUCCAUCUACAUGGGAUGCUGGAUGGUAUGACAGUGGUAUGGGUGAUGUCACAAUGAGCAACAUCUCGCUAGCCAUUACGUCAGGUUGGAUUGUGAAUGCUUAUUCUGUCCCUGUGACGUCAUGGACCUGCGUGUCGGGGGAUACAUCUAAUAAUACUAUGCUCUUCAAAGGUGAUCAAGUGGUAGAGGUUUCGCCUGGUGUUAAAAAGAACGUUUUCAGAUGUAUCCAAUGGACCAAGAUAACAGACGAAUCAUACUUCUAUUAUAUCAAAAAUGACUUGAACUCGGAUACUGAAAACAAACGUAUAGGUGUAGGUAGCUAUGAUCCGUUUGUUACAUCAUUUGACGUCAGCACUUACUGUCCAUUUACAACAACGCCGGGAGUAGAAGAGUAUCAUAUGCUGAUAAAACAAGGGGCUGGGUCAGAAAUACAACAGUGGUGCCCAAAUGCAUUCUUAGGGACGUUUUCCUACACGCACAAUACCGGAAGUUCACAGACGUGUGGUGUUUCAUCUGAAUUGAGCACAUGCUUAGACUGGAGAACAAUGAAGUUUAAUUACACAAAAUGUUCCACUGUUCAGGCUUUCUCAUCGGAAGGGUUAGUGCAUUGUGUUCAUACCAUCAAAUCGGGCUCCACCUACUACACUUCGCUCUUCAAUACAGGGAUCGUAGAUGGGACGUCCUUCCACAGAUUCACUUGUUAUGCCUUCAGUGUUUCUUCUACCGAUAUCCAUGUCUCAGACAGCAGCGGAAGUUGUCAGAUGAACCAGUCGCCCACAACUAAAGCCAUUGAUGGGAGUGGAACUCUCGUUUUCACUCAAACUCGUAAGUGCUACGGUAGUUGCACUCUCCCCUCCACGUGGGAUGGUAACUGGUAUGACAGUGGUUUGGGGGAUUUCAUCUUCAGCCACUCUUCCCAUAACGUUCAGGGCUGGUCAAUGACAAUCCAUGGACAGUCUAUAACCUCCUGGACCUGUCAAACGCAAAGCAACUCCGACAACAUGCUGCUUUUUAAAGCUGACCAGAUACUUGAAGUGAAUGGUGUGAAGAAGAAUGUUUUUCGAUGCAUCAAGUGGACAAACAUUACAGAUUACUCCUUCCAUUAUUAUGUCUACAAUGACAUUGAAAGUAAUGCUGGAAAUCAAAGAAUACUGGUACAGGACCAUGAUCCCUCUGUUCAGUCGUGGAACUUAACUAUUUACUGCAAUCCAACUUCUCCGCCAGUAAAAGAGGAGUACCACGUGAUUGUUAAAGAAGGACAAGAAAAUUCUGUUAAGCAGUGGUGUCCUAUCCCACUCCUGGGCAAUUUUACAUACACCCAUAAUGAUGGAUCCUCUACUUCCUGUGCUUCCUCAUCAGGACUUAGUGUCUGUCCUACCUGGAAUACGAUGACGUUUGACUACACCAAAUGCUCAACAGAACAGAUUUUUUCUAAGGAGGGAGAAGGUUACUGCGUUCAAACUCUAACAAAAGGGACUACUUACUUUACAAGUGUUCUAAAUCCAGGAAAUGUCACUGGGGCUAGUCAUUAUCGGUUCACCUGCCUGGCAAUUACCGUGUCUGGAACACAAGUUUUCGUAAGUGACAGUAUUGGAAGUUGUGAGGCAGGUCAGACAGCGACUGUAAAAUCCUCUGACGGAAGUGGCGUGCUGACCUUAACAUCAUUAGCAUCGUGUUAUGGAAACUGCACGUUUCCUUUGGAUUGGGCGGGUAUUUGGUAUGACAGCAGAACAGGCUCUGUGGAAUUCGACAACGAUAGGACAGGAGUUUCGUCCGGAUGGUCCAUGGGAAUCGACAACAAUACGGUCUAUACAUGGACUUGCAUGUCAGACGAUCCCAACAAUCAACUUCUUCUUUUGAAAUCUGACAUUGUACUGGAAAUCAAUGGAACCAAGCAGAAUGCGUUUAUGUGUAUAGACUGGAAGAAAAUCACUGCCAACUCUUACAGAUAUUACGUUAAAACAGACGAGACCCCUGAUGCCAGAAAUGAACGGGUCACCAUAGAAAACCACGACCCAUUUGUAAUAGCUUGGAACAUCAACAAUUAUUGUAGUCCAAGCAAUGGGCCAAAUAUUGAACAAUUUCACAUGAUAGUCAAACAAGGUCAAGAGACUGCAGUCAAACAAUGGUGUCCCAAUCCUUUGUUGGGAACAUUCUUUUACACGAUAGACAACGGAACCAACCAAAUGUGUGGAAACGAAUCACGUGUUGAUGUUUGCGCUACUUGGACCACAAUGACAUUUAAUUACACGAAAUGCUCUGCAGAAGUAUUUUCAAGGGAAGGAGAGGUAUACUGUCUGUUUACGGUAAUUAGUGGCACCACAUACUAUACAUCCGUCCUGAAUCCAGGUUUUGUGGACGAUAUCAACUACCAUCGAUUCAGUUGUCUGGCUGUAACUGCCGAUGCCAGUUCGGAUAAUGUUUACAUCAGUGAAAGCGCUGGAAGUUGUGAACCUGGUCAGCAAUCAACUGUCAAACAGACAGACGGCAGUGCUAACUAUACAUUUACACCAUACACAACAUGUCAUGGAUCCUGUACAUUUCCAAUACAAUGGGAGAGUGAUUGGUAUGAUUCUGGCAAGGGCACCAUUAAUAUUCAAGCUCCGUCGAAAUCCAUUUCCACUGGUUGGUCAGUCACAGCGUACUCGAAGACUGUGACCUCUUGGACAUGUCAGGCUGAAGACUCUUCUCAGAAUCAUUUGUUGUUCAAGUCUGAUCACACAGUUGAAAAUGGAGGUACUCAAUACAAUAUAUUCCGAUGUAUAAAAUGGCGGGAAAUUACACCAUAUUCUCAUUUUUACUACGUGCAAGCAGACGUGAAUGUCAAUGCCAUGAAUGAAAGAGUAUAUAUAGAAUUAUAUGAUCCGUCCGUGACUUCAUGGAAUACAUCCACCUACUGCAAUCCCUCCUCGCCACCAAAAUUGGAGGAAUAUCACGUGAUGGUGAAGAAAGGUUUUGAGUCUCAAGCAGCCCAGCCUUGCCCUCCUUCCCUGCUUGGUCGUUUCACGUACAUUCACGAUACUGGUACAACCCAAAACUGUGGCAGCAGUUCCUCCCUGGCUGUUUGUCCUUCCUGGAAUACCAUGACUUUUGAUUACACGAAAUGUGCCACCGAACAAGCUUUCUCAAAAGAGGGAGUCGUGAACUGUUUGAUGUAUUUGAGUUCUGGAUCAACUGUAUUCACUUCGGUAUUGAAUCCAGGUGACGUCACAGACAGUCGUCACGAUGUAUUCACCUGCUAUACGUUAACGAGAACUAACGACACCGUGUAUAUGAGUGACAAUAAGGGAAGCUGUGCUCCUGGACAGGCUCCUGACGUAGAACAGACAACAGGGUCCGGGCUUCUUACCAUGGGUUACCAAGACUCCUGCAUCGACAAACCUCCAGAUAUUCCCACUGCUGUUGGCCGAUGCACCCUGCCCACCGGGUGGAAUGGAGAUUGGUAUGAUAGUGGGAUGGGCGACAUUCAGUUGAGCGCACAAACCAAAACCGUUACUGCAGGCUGGGACAUAUCUGUUGCAACAACCUCUAUCACAUCAUGGUCAUGCGUUACAAGCAACGACACUACGUCAUAUCUACUUUUCAAAUCAGAUCAGCUUGUGGACUAUAAUGGAACAUUCUACUCGGCAUUCCGGUGUAUACAAUGGACAAAAAUCACGGAUAGCUCAUACAUGUACUAUUCUAUGACAGAUGAAGAAUCGUUGGCCUCAAAUGCAAGAAUAAAGCUGGAAUUGUACGAUUCCACCUCACUAACCUGGGAUAUUUCAAACUACUGUCAACCGUCAAACCCGCCUAACACAGAGCAAUUCUACGUUAUUGUGAAAAAGGGAAAUGAGGUUCAGGCCAAGCAGUGGUGUCCCUCGCCUUUGCUUGCAAAGUUCACUUACAAGCACGUCACAAAGAACGGGACCGAGACCUGUACCGGGGUGUCAGCCUUGGACGUCUGUACCAACAGAACGACCAUGACUUUUGAUUACACAAAAUGCUCCACAACUCAAGCUUUCUCAAGUGAGGGGAUAGUCUACUGCACCAAGACACUCUCAGUCAAUGGUGUUUACUACACUAUGGUACUGAAUCCUGGCACUGUUGAUAACAACUUCUUCCACAGGUUUACCUGUUUGGCGACAUCAAAAUCCGGGAAUUUGGUUUAUACCAGCGAUAAUCCAUCCAUGUGUAACAAGAACCAAUCCUCUACUGCAGCAGCACACGAUGGUAGCGGUAUUUUAGAAAUGACACCCGGGGAAACAUGUGACUUUACGAGUAGAACCGGGGAGAGCAAACCUGAUGGAAAUGUAGCAUCUGGUGCCCUCAUCGGUAUAAUCAUUGGAGUACUCCUCUUCCUUAUCAUCGCCCUUAUCAUCGCUUUUUUCAUCUGCAAAUACUUUAAGAGGAAGAAAACACAGCCUAGUGAUAUGGAAAGGAAGAAACCAAUUCCUGAUGGCGAAAGCGAAAAACCCAGAGCACUGCAAUUAAAUGUAGACGAGAUGAAAAAGAAUUUUACUUUGCCCCCAUUACAGCAUGCUACCCCACCUAUGUCCCAUGUACCUCCUGUGGUUAAACAGCUUAAUCAUCCUCCACCCUUACAUCUACCACCGGUACCACUCGACACGAGCACACCGACUAAGCAAAAGAAGAAAAAGAAACACAAAAAAGAUAAAAAGGGCAAGCAUAGUAACGAGGUGGAUCACAAGGACCAAGCAAACGGGGAUGUCCCCAAACCCGAUGUGAUCAGUGGCACUUCUGCUAUUGAACUUGAGGAAGACUAUGAUGAAGCAAUAGCAGAUAUUUUAGCUACAGUAGACAUCCAAUAGCAAAGGGAGUUCACUCUGGAUCCUGGUGCUGAUUAUGGAGAAUAAUCUUCUAAUAUUCCUGCAAUACUUGAGUGUUCCUUUGAGCUGCAAUCAUGACUGAAUCUGUGAUAGUUCGCCAUAUGUUGUUGAAUAAUGUUUUAAAUGUUGUUUUUCGUCCUUUUUAUAGUUGAAUUUUGUUUGUGUUCAUUGAUAUGUAUUGAGCUGCAAAAGCUUACACCAACAAACAUUAAAAACCUUCAGAAUUGUU